GGUUGGGCGCCGGUCGAUCGGUCGCGCGCACGAUCGGGAAGCGGAAGACACAGCCCCACGCACGUAAAGCAGAGCAAGCUCUCUCAAGCUCGGGCACUUUUGGCGAACGUGGACCGCUUGCUUUUCCGGGCGCCGAUCAGCAGGUGCUGACUCCGCGCGGGGACGAAUCCGCUGCCCUUUCCGCUAAAGAUUUCGUCACCUCGCCGGCUAUAAAACCCGCUCGCUGCGCCUCCGCUAUCCCUCCCCCCUUCUCCUCCUUCCGCUCUCUCUCUCUCGCCCGCGUUACAGCUUACGGGCUAAGGAAGCGAGCUUAGCUGUAAGCGCGGUGCCGCGGAGAGAGAGCUAGCCAUGACGAAGUCGAGCUGCGCCCAUGUGGUCGGAGUGCCCGUCACCUCCAAGGCGUACGCCAUCGAGGAGGCGACGACGGCGAGGGACGGUGGCAAGAAGGUCGACGGCGACCGCCUCGCCGUCUCGUUGACGCACCCGAGCCCGUACACGUCUUUCGGCUACAAGCACAGCAGUAAGCUCCAGGUGAUCCACUGGGUGAACAAGCUGGGCAGACGGGCUCAGGGUUUCAGGGAUCAUGUGACCUUGGGGCCGAAGCUGUCGGAGACGGUGAGGGGGAAGCUGAGCCUGGGCGCGAGGAUCCUGCAGGCCGGCGGCGUGGAGCGCGUGUUCCGGCAGGCCUUCUCGGCGGAGAAGGGAGAGCGGCUGGUGAAGGCCCUCCAGUGCUACCUCUACACCACCGGCGGCCCCAUCGCCGGGAUGCUCUUCGUCUCCAACCGCAAGAUCGCCUUCCGCAGCGACCGGUCACUCGCCGUCACCUCCCCGGCUGGCGACGUCGUCGCCCGGGUGCCCUACAAGGUGGUGGUGCCCCUGAGGAGGAUCAAGAGGGUGCGGCCGAGCGAGAACGCCGACAAGCCGGAGCAGAAGUACAUACACGUGGCCACCGUCGACGGGUUCGAGUUCUGGUUCAUGGGAUUCGUGAGCUACCAGAGAUGCUGCAAGUACAUGCAGCAGGUGAUCUCAGAGCUGUAAUAUGCUUAUAUAUGUAGUACGGUGCACGCAUGUGGUAUUUGGCUGGCCGGCCUCCUACCUUGUGGGUGGCACUAUAUAGUACUAAAAGCAAAGUGUAUGGGCUACUGCACGGCAACCUCUUGUUGGAACGUACGUACGUAGACCUGAACUGCUCUACCAAUUUUUGAUGAGAGCGCGUUCCUUCCUCUUGCGAUUUGGCAGAUCGACGUGUGGCCUUUGCAAGUACAAGUACUCUAUGUUUGUAACAUUGAUGAACCAAGGAACUUGGUUUUACUGAAUGAAAAAUAUCUUAAUUCUUCUCUCGA